AUGCUGGAGAUAGUCAAGGCACGCUCUUCCACGUUCCCAUCGUUCACCUCAUUCGCCCACGUCUGUAUUGCAUUGGUCAACGACGAUGUCCUCAUCAUGCCCAUGAUCGAGACCAGAGAAGGUGUUGAAAACGUAGAAGCCAUCGCCGCCGUGCCGGGCAUCGAUGCCUUGUUCAUUGGCUGCGCAGAUCUCUGCAUGGAGCUCGCAGUCCCUGGGCAACACGACUCGGAAUUCUUCCACUCUACCGUUGCCAAAAUCGCUAACGCAGCAGAGAAGGCGAGCGUGGAUGGACGCAAGGUGUCCGUGGGACUCGGCGGGCUGGAACCGAGGCCAGACCUCCUGGAGGCACUGGCGAAACGGCAUGCUUCUAUUCGGUAA